AUGACAAUGUGGUGGUUAUUGUUAUCCAUACUCCCACUGGGGCUGGUGAGCUCCAAUAAUAAUGCGACUGAGCACCCCCUUAAUAUAAUAGGCAACCCUUGCACGGACAGGAACCACAUGUUCUUGGCACCAGGAGUGCUGACUGCUGGCAGCAUGAACAGGGCUUGUAUCUCCAGGUUCCAUACUGAAGGACCAGCUCGCAUGACUCUCAACCUAAUGACAGAAGACAGGCAAUCACAGACAGCUUCUAGGGAACUCGCUGCAGGUGAUGGUGGGUGUCUGGACAUCAAUGUACCCUUGCUGCCAAAUUCUAAAGCAGACUUAGUCGUAAACAUCAGAUAUCCUGAGGCUCAAUGCGUAUGGGAGCGUCGUGUUCCUCUCCGUAUCUCCAGCGGACGAGUGGUAGUGCUCUCUACGGAGCGCGCGCGCUACCGGCCUGGAGAGACGGUGCGCCUCCGCAUAUUGGCGCUACGACAGGACCUCGCACCCUCGCAUGGAAAUAUUGAGGAAGUCUGGCUGGAAGGCCCCCGGGGAGCUUGGGAAGGAUCCCGAGUGACUCAGUGGCAGCACGUGCGCACCCGACUUGGGCUGGCGCAGCUACAGUACCAGCUUGAUGAACUGGCACCCACUGGGAAGUGGACACUUAGGGCUAGACUGUCUGAUGGAUCACAGGGCUCUUCAACGUUCUGGGUGGGUAACUACGAGCUACCUCCCUUCCAGCUGAGCGUUCGCCAUGCACCCAAAGUGCUACGAACCAGCGACAGACUUGUAUGGACUGUCUGUGUCAGAUACCCAUGGUCAGAAGCUGUGGAAGGUAUGCUGGUGAUCCGUCUCCGAGGCGCUGGAGGAGGUAGUGGAGGCAUACGAACUGCGGUACAACUGAGAGCUCCCAAAGCCUGCCACCGACACGCUGCAGCUGCCAAGAGAGUAGGGCUGGAUGGCACUGAUCCUCCUGAUGUUGUGGUAGCUGACUUCUCAUUCCAGGAGGAAGGCACAAGGAUCUGGCAAAAUACGACCGUGGUGUCACAAGUCGUGGACAAACCGAUAUCUUUGGAAUUUCUGACCAAACACCGAGCAGUUAUAGCUCCGGGACUACCGUACAGGCUCAAGGUGAAAGCCACUCGUUGGGAUGACAAGCCAGCGGCUAAAGAGGUCAUCAGAGUCUGUCGCCACCAGUCCAGCUUCCCUGAUAAACUGCAGCAGCCGAUCAAGAAACGAGAGACUAUGUGUGCUGAAGGUACCACGGAUGACACCGGAGUAGCCAGGCUGCUGUUCUCUGCAGGAGAUGAUGCUUCUCCAUUUUAUAGAUUUGAGGCUCAUUUAUCAAACGACACGAGUAUAGUAGCAGCUCCACUCACCCUGCCAGUACGUCGCUCGUCUUCCGUGCACGCAGCCCUCGGCCCUUUGAAAGCGGAGUCACGUCAAGCUCGGACCUUCGUACCUUUGUACCUCAACACCAACAACACUUCAACCCCAUUUACUGUUCAUUUCGUGGUCAUAACACGAGGUGGCAUCAUCUACCGAUGGGGAGCCACAACCCAAUGUCCAACGUCAAACUCUGGAGACCAGAUUCGCACAGCAGCACGGAACUCCAAGUGCCCAGAUCUUGUCCAACGUGACGUCGUCAUGACACAACGAGACCAUCCAGUGACACAAACGACUCAACAGACUACUCAGGCCAAAAACCAUAAAAGACAAUACCGCAACACUGGUAGAAUGAAUCCUAGAACGCCAAGGUUCCAAAUACCUGAACACAACAUGUCCCUAGGAAAUCAAGAUGUGCUGAUGAAGGAUACUUAUACUUUCAACGUUAGUACUGAUGUGUCUGAUGCUUUGCUGGACAGACAUCAGUUGAGGGUGAUGCUGCCGAUAAAAGUGUCUCAUCAGAUGUGUCCUGACAGUCACUUGAUAGCAUACUUCUAUCAUGAAGGGGAACUUGUGAGCGCUAGCAAGCAUUUCGAAAUGGAGGAGUGUUUUUUCAACAAGGUGGAAGCAACUUGGUUAAGCCGUCAAGCUCAGCCAGGAUCUACAGUAUCCCUUAAAGUUUCUACUCCUGGACCAGCGCUAUGUGCACUCACAGUCUUGGACUCUGCAGCUAAGUGGACACAACCUCCUCAGCCUCCAAAGGAACAGCUUAUGAACUCACUAAGAAGACUGAUUGAUAGUCACAGGAACCUGACAGAGUUUGAUGCAGCUGGAGUCUGUUUUCUUAACUCAGACACCCUCGAGAUCCCAUCAGGCAGCGUAGACCUCACAGCUUCGUGGCUGGCUGCUGCAGGAGUUCGCUUGAUAGGAGGAGACGUACCCAACAAUAAACAUUGCAUACCUCGCCCACCAGCUCUUCUGCAAGCUGAGGAAACUAACACUCCGAGGUCUGACUUCUCUGAGGCAUGGCUCUGGCGCCUCCUUGGUAUUAGCUCCAACGGCACUGGGACUGCAACAGCCAACGCUCCGGAUUCCAUCACCAAAUUCGAGGCUGGAGCCAUCUGUGUGUCAAGGAAUGGAGUAGCCAUAUCACCACCUGCUGUUUUACAAGUGUUCCGUGAAUUCUUCAUCCAUGCUGACAGUCCCAAACGCCUGCGCCGCGGGGAUUCCACCAUCAUCAGAUACAGGAUCUUCAACUACCUGUAUGAACCACUAAGUGUCCAAAUCCAGAUUCUGACAGAUCCUCACGUCGAAGGUCCGAAAGAGCUGGUGGAAUCAGCCUGUGUUAAGGCUCGGUCGUCCAUCGCUCGUCGUGUAGAGAUCCGCGCACGAGUCGCUGCGCCUGCGCGCAUCAGUAUACGAGCUAAAGCCGUCAGUGAUGGCAACUGUGGCAAUGUGACCAGUGGAAGAACUGGAGUCAGUGACGAAGUGAUCAUUCGCAUUGCUGUCGAACCCGAGGGAGUUCCUGUGCGUGAACAGAAGUCCAUCCUUCUAUGUGGAAAUAAUACGUCAGAAGCAGGCCCUUCUGAAGUGUUAUGGACGUGGACACCAGUGAAGGCUGUGCCUGGUACUGAGACACUGACCAUGUGGGCAGUCGGUGAUGUUACUGGACCUCUAUUAGCUGAAGCGGACUCCCUCCUGCAGAUACCUCGAGGAUGUGGAGAGCAGAAUAUGGCACAACUGGCUACAAACCUGUUGGCUUUGAACCAACUGGACCCUAACUCCAUUACCGCCACCACCGCCAAGGAGUACGUUGCAAGAGGAUUUACGAGACAGCUGCAGUACGUGCACCCGUCGGGAGGAUUCAGUGCGUUCGGACCGUCUGACGCCACCUCCUCCACUUGGCUCACGGCAUUUGUUGUCAAACAUAUGAGGAGAGCUCAUAAACUCUUAUGGCCAAAUCUGCAAGUCCCAACAGCAAUCAUCCGCGCAGAGCGGUGGCUUCUCAACCAGCAGAUGGAAAAUGGAUGCUUUAGAAACGAAGGACAAGUCUUUCAUAGAGAACUUAAAGGAGGUCUCAACGACGAAGGAGAAAUUGCGAACGUCGCCUUAACAGCUUACGUCAUAACGGCUCUCAUUGAGAGUGCCUCACCGUUCCCUCACCGCGUCAUCCGCAACACCCUGUCUUGUCUCCGAGCUUUACCUCCAAUGAAGUCCAAAACUCCCACCAGGGUUUAUGCCAAUGCUCUCUUAGCGUAUGCAUAUAUGAAAUUGGAUCGGUAUGAAGAAGAACUGAGGUAUACCAAUGAGGCCAGCUUGAGAAGAAUGGUAGGAGGGCUCGAGCAGGAUGAAGGAAUAAAGCAAGUGCUUAACCUGAUGAAGAUGGCCAAGAAGAGUGGGCAGUACGUGUGGUGGGAGACCAGCAGCCUAUCAACCUCAAUCGAGGCGACAUCGUACGCGCUGCUGGCGCUGCAGAGUGCGCGCGCGCUGCCGCCCGCCGCGCGCGCACUCGCGCCGCACGCCGCGCGCUGGCUCAACUCGCACCGCACGCCCACUGGAGGGUUUAUAUCCACACAGGACACUUUAGUAGCCCUAGAAGCGCUAUCAGCCUGGUCUGCUCAGACCGUGGAAGCCAACCUCAAUGUGACGGCGCGCUGCAGCAGACUGGACCACCGAGUUACUCUGCAGCCAGGAAUCAAGAUACCUGAUGUCGUGAAGAUGAGACCAGGGGAACGACUUACUGUUUCUGUCGAAGGGACGGGCUGCGCUCUGAUCCAAGCGACGCGCGCGUACCACGUGACGUCUGUGGGCGCGGCGCCGCGCGGCACAGUGCUGGGCGUGCAGGUGGCGGUGCACACCGACGGGCCCUUCGACUGCGACCACAACGCCACCAGCUGCUACUGCGCAGCUGUUAUUGAGGCGUGUGUGCUAUGGACUGGCAGUUUCCCAGAGAUGGCUCUUAUGGAAGUCACUCUCCCCGGUGGAUUCGGAGCUGAUGCACAGCUUCUCUACUCACAACUUGGCAAAACUUCUUCUUUGCUACGUCGCAUAGAGUUGACACCAUCGAACUCCCGAGCGACCUUCUACUUGGGUACUCGCGAUGGUAGCGACACGAGUGACCACGUGGGACACCAGUGCUACAACAUACACGCCACAGGACCUAGGGUCAAGACACGACCAGCUUACGCCAGGGUCCAGGACUAUUACGUGCCUGCCAUCAAUGAUACACAGGUAUACACUAUACCCGAAGAAUGUCCACCACGCAUCGUACACGAGGCCAACGACUACCGAACCUCAGACAACUUGUACUCAAAAGCAAGAGCCACUAACAGUGACGAUAUUGUCAUCACACAUGAGUUCUCUUUUGAAGAUAUUCCAGAAGGCAUACCUCUUGAAGAUCCACUCAUUUAUGACCACUUAACUGAGAACGAAAACUAUAGAACACCGGAAAAUCAACAAGAAGUUGGUAAAUUACAAUUCAAUGACAUGAAUACUCAGAACGACGGACAAAGUCAAAACGUCACAGAUGUCCGUACACCACCAGAAAAUUUGAAAACCGAGGAACCUACGGAACAAGUACACAGUAAUUUCGAUAACGUUGUAAAUGGAUAUUUCUGUGAAAACGAUGCGACGACCAUUUCCAACAUUAACGAUAUUAUUAACACGGGAAUAGGAAAGGAUAAUACUUUCGCUAAUACUGCGAGUGGUGUUGUUAAGCCCGAUUAUCAACCGAUCAGUUUUGGUAGUGCGCAGUAUAAAUCAAAUAACCGUAACUUUGAAAAUAUACUUGAUGAAAACCUUCACACUGCUGCUGAUGAUAGCGCAUCUAACCAUGAAAAAGCAGAUAACACUGACUCAUUUCUUGAAAAGAUUGAUGAUAUUACAAGAUUGAGUGAAGAAAUUGAUACAAUUCAUAGACAGUGGCAUUCUGGAGAAAGUUAUCAUCACUUUCCUAAUGCUAUUAAAGAAAAUACUGAUACAAGUAAUACUACAAUUACAGUAUUGCACCAGAACUUUAACCCUCCUCCUGAUAAUCAGAUCACUCAAAGUGUUCUUAGUGAUGCGAUCAAUCGCAAUUUAGAAUUAGUAAAAGGAUUAAAUGAAACAUUACAUUACCAGAGCGCUUUAGAUAAAAAAAUAAUUGAGAGUUUAGUGUCAAAUAAGGCCACGGAGAAAGAUUCGAGUAACGAAAAUUUAAUGACAAUUGAGGAUUCUCAAGGAGAUCAGCAGGAUGCAGACUUAAUUGAUAGUGAUAACAUAUCAACAGAACUUAAAAAUAAAGCUAUGAAAAAUAAUGAUGAAUCACAAUUCGAUACAAAGAACAAUCUAGUGCAUGAAAUAGACACUUUGAAUAAAAUCGCACAUAGACAACUUAAUGAAACACGAGCGAAAUAUGACGUGCAUCAUAUAGACUAUACACAAAUGUACGCACAAAAGUCGGAUAUGGAGUUUAUGAGCAACAAGAACUAUAAAAAUGUAGUAGAUAACUAUUACGGACCAGGUAGUAGAGAUAAUGAAAUAAAAAGAUCAUUUACAGACCACUCACCGGCCGCACAAGUGCCAGAGCAAAUUAUAUAUAAUUCUGAUGAAUAUAAAGAUCAAAAUGAUAAAGUAAUAAAUAACCCAAGUUUAACAGACUUCCAUGUUAUAGAUACAGACAAAGAUUUAGAAGUUCCACCGGGGAUUGAAGGGCCUGUAGCAGUUUCUGUGCUUCCACCUCCAGGCUAUGUGGCGCCGGUGGUUGCGGGAGACGCGAGGAGACUGAACUACAAACGCAAACCAUUCGAAUAUGCCCAUCGUGAUGAAGUUCCACCACCCCGAAAUUUCGUGCCACCGAGACAAGGUCAACCAAAAGUUCCUAAGUUAUCUUUAGACAUGGAUCUAUCAUUUGGGGAUGAUGUGCCGGGAAUUUUUGAGUCCUAUCCAGGUUACCAGCAGCCACUACCAUCUCACGGGUAUAGAAGAAUGCUGUCUUCGUAUACAGGGUUCCCUCAGUAUCCCGUGGAUCGAGUGAUAAGAACUAUGGUGCCCCCCAAACGGGAUGCUCAGGACAAGAAUAUGAAAAGUGUGCAAAGUAUUUACACGCCAAAUGGACCGUAUUUCUAUUUCAAGCCAGAUGGUGAGGAUACCGUUGAGAAGUUCUUCAUACCUGUACGUUGA